AUGUCAAAAUUUUUGUCUAUCUUCAUUCAAAAAACAUCUGGUUUGGGUCUAAAAAAUUACUUAUUUAUUGCAAUGUCCAAAAGAAACAUCUUCCACAGAGUUCCGAAAUUUAAGCCACAAGUUAAAGUGCCGAACCACCGUUCUAAGUUAUCAAUGACCAUGGUGCCGAAGAAGGAGAAAAUUGAAGUUCUCCCUGAACCUAUCAAAUCUGAAGCUGAUAAAAAGCUUUAUAAAACAAUCAGGCUAGAAAAUGGUUUGACUGCCCUCCUGAUAUCGGACCCGAGCCGUGCCACAAACGAGGAAGACUUUAGCUCUAGUGACGAGGAUACCAGUGGGACAGAUGAGACCACCGGUCCUGAGAGUGAUGGGGGCAAGUCAGCACACUCCGUGAGCAGUGACCACCAUGGCACCAAGCGACGCACCGAUUUUGACGAAGAAAAAUUGGCGGCGUGCGCGCUCAGCGUGGGUGUCGGCAGCUACAGUGACCCGCAGGACAUCCAGGGGCUGGCGCACUUCGUGGAACAUAUGGUCUUCAUGGGCAGCGAGAAGUACCCCAAGGAGAAUGAAUUUGACUCAUUUAUUAAGAAAAAAGGCGGCUCAGACAACGCGUCAACGGACUGCGAGGUGACGACGUUCUACUUCGAGAUCCCUGAGAAGCACCUGCCGCAAGCGAUGGACAUGUUCAGCCAGUUCUUCGUGAGCCCGCUCAUGAUGAAGGAGGCCAUGCAGCGCGAGCGAGAAGCCAUCGAGUCUGAGUUCGCCAUAGCGUCCCCAUCGGAUUCGAACCGCAAAGACCAGCUGAUCUGCAGCUUCUUCCCCGAGGGUCACCCGGCGAGGACCUUCACGUGGGGCAACCUGAAGAGCCUGCGAGACAACAUCAAUGACGACGAGCGGCUGUACCAGGCGGCGCAUGAGUUCCGCCGGAGGCAUUACAGCGCGCAUCGUAUGACUGUGGCUAUACAGGCGCGUAUGGACCUGUCCACUCUGGAGCAGUACGUGGUGAACACGUUCGCCCGCAUCCCCACCAACAAGCUGCCGGCGGACGAUUUCACUACGCAUGCGUUCACCAACGCCUCGCCGUCUCCAGACUUCAACAAUAUCUACUACGUUAAACCUGUCAGCGAUACUACUGAGGUCCACCUAACGUGGUGCAUGCGGUCGCUGAUAUCAGAGUACCAGUCUAAGCCGCACCAGUACAUCUCCUACCUGCUGGGCCACGAGGGCAAGGGAAGUCUGCUCUCAUAUCUCAGGAAGAAGGUGUGGGCGCUGGGCAUCUACACGGGCAACUCUGAGAGCGGCAUCGACUACACCUCCAUGUACAGCCUGUUCUCCACCCAGGUGGUGCUCACCAAGGACGGCCUCGACCACAUCGACGAGGUGCUAGAAGCGAUAUUCUCGUAUAUAAACAUGCUGCGGAAACUGGGGCCUUCGGAGAGGAUCUUCCACGAGAUCAAGACGAUUGAGGACACGAGCUUCCGCUACGAAGAGGAGACGCAGCCGGCCGACUAUGUAGAAAACUUGGUGGAGAACAUGCACUACUACCCGCCCGACCACUACAUCACCGGCGAGAGGAUCUACUACAAGUACGAUCCGAAGGCUAUCAGCGAGCUGCUAGAAGGCAUGCGCGCAGACACGGUUAACAUCAUGGUGCUGUCCAACAAGCACUCGCAGCCCAUAGAGUACGACCUCAAGGAGCAGUGGUUUGGGACCGAGUACAAGCGGCAAGAGAUUCCAAAAGACUGGAUGGACCGUUGGCUGAACGCGGCGCCGUUCCCGGCGUUCCACUUGCCCGAAAAGAACAUUUACAUAACGACAGACUUCGAGGUGAUCCCUCCGGCGCAGAUAUACCUGGAUGAAGCUGAGAGGAUAGGCGUGGACCUGUUGACUGCAUCCGGCAAGGACGUACAUGAAAAGACUGAGGCUAAGGGCGGCACCACGGCCGAGCUGUCUAGAGGAGACCUCUUGGCCACUAUCAACAACUUCAGACUGGACCAGCCGAACUUGCUGCGCAAGAACCGUCACAUGGAGCUGUGGUACAAGCCGGACUUCAAGUUCCGCUUCCCCACCGCGCUGCUGUACUUCUACUUCAUCACGCCGCUCAGCCUCAAGUCUCCCCGAGAAGCAUGCCUGCUCGACCUGUGGACGGACGUGUUGCAGCAAGGGCUGAAGGAAGAGGUAUACCCGGCGAACAUGGCGGACCUGGCUCACUCUAUAUUUGUCAGCGAUAAAGGACUCACGCUAAAAGUCGUGGGGUAUAGUCAAAACUUACAUUUGCUGGUGGAGCUGAUAUCCCGCGAGAUGCGCACGACAACGGACAACCUGACGGCGCCCAUGUUCGAGGCCGUGCGCGAAGUGCGCGCGCGCAUCUACCACAACGUGCUCAUCAAGCCACACAAACUGGCCAAAGACGUCCGAAUGGAUAUCCUACUGGAGCCGUACAUAUCACCGCGGGACAAGGCCAUGCUGGUACACAACCUCACACUCUCCGACCUCAAGGAGUUCAGCAAUCGACUGCUCGAUAGACUCUAUGUGCAGGUGUUAGUACAAGGUAACGUGCCUUGGCACCAGGCGAUCAAUAUCUCUGAGAACAUGCUCAACACUAUCAAGUGGGAGGCCUUCACGGAUGAGGAAUAUCCAGAGUUGAAGGUCCGUCAACUGCCGCUGGGCGAGCGCAAGUUACGCGUACUAUCACUGAACAAACAGUCCACGAACAGCAUCGUGACCAACUACUACCAGGGCGAGGCCACCACGCCGCGUGACACCGCCGUGCUUGAAGUGCUAACUAUGUUAAUGGAGGAGCCGGUGUUCGACGCUCUGCGCACGAAGGAGCAGCUAGGCUACUCCGUGUACAGCAUGAUGCGGUACACCUUCGGAGUGCUGGGGUUGUCUGUCACCGUCAACACGCAGGUCGAUAAGUUCAGCGUAUCCCACGUGGACCACCGAGUAGAAGCCUUCUUAAAGAAGUUCUCUCGCGACAUGAAGAAGCUGACGGACCGGGCGCUGCAGGCCACCAAGCACUCGCUCGUGCAGCUCAAGUACACCACCGACUACGAGCUCAAGGAAGAGGUGGAGAGAAAUUGGAGGGAGAUAGUGAGUAAAGAGUACCAAUUCCAAAGACUGUACAAUGAGGCGGAGGCUAUUGAGAAGAUCAAGCUGUCGGACAUCAAGAGCUGGGUGGAGACGCACUUCGCCACCGGCAACCGCUCUCGGUACAGGAAGCUGUCCGUGCAGAUAAUGGGCCACCCAGCGAAAAAAUCCACAACGUCGAUGUCAGAAGAACAGCAGAAGAAUUAUCACCUCACCUACUUAGACGCGUCGGAGCCCGUCGGCGAUACCACAGAGAACGAUGCAGACUUCAUCAAAGACAUAGACGCCUUCAAAGUGAAACUGCCCAUCAUAGAUGUACCCAAAGUGGAGCUAGCACAGUGUUGACCUAUAGAUUAAUUUAGUUAUUUUUUCUAAUUAUUUUCACCAUCGCGCAGUGGUUUUUGUGACUCACUUCAUAUUGAAAGGAUUUCAAUGAGAACGAUUUCGUAACUAUCACAAAUUCAAGCAGUCAAUUUAAUAUCUCCCUAUUAUUCUGCAUUUCAAUUUCUCUUUGGUAUAAAAACAAACAUGGCGUUACGCAGCCAUUCGCAGCACGAGAAAAAGAAAAAAAUAAUGCCCACCAUUGUGAAAUUUUGCAUACACGUUGUCAAAAAAAUUGUAAUUACAUACCGAAGCCCGCGCGGUCGAACUCGCGGGCAGAAAUAUACAAUCAUAUCCUUAUUGGAGUGGGUAGAAUGUCAUGUGUAGAAAGAACUCGGAGUUACAUUGUAGUAACUACACCCCGGACACUCCGUACAGGUAUCUCAUCCUUACCGGGUGUCUUUAACAUAAGUAUGAGCGAGACAGACAAUCCACCCACGCUUACUCCUUUUUUAUUGUCCAACAAACGUGACUACUCUUUCGUACUAAUCCGUAUACCGUUAGUGCGACAGAGACAUAUCUUUCGUCUCUUUCUAUCAAGAUCUCUAUCCUGCUGUCGUUCUAGUGAUGUUCCGUUCGUGGACCAUAGACUAAAGUGAGACCCAGCGGGGGCGUGAGGUAAACCUAGCUCGGCACUGAUACGAAUUCAUGCGGGGCUGAGCGUAUCCGUUCUAUUAUUCGUUACUCUAUGCUACUGCACAAGUUACCAGCUGCCAUUCAUGAGUGUUUUAACACCAAAAACAAUUAUUUGAGUCUCAAAAGCCACCGUGUUAUGACACUAAGACGCUUGACGAGAGUUCUACUAGUGUAAUGCGUUUUUCACACUUUCCGCUUGGAAAGGACCAACUUAGGGUAGCCUAGACUAAAUUUUGACAUAGCACGUUUUUUAUCCCUUACGGUGAAUGUGAAAAAGUGUAUGUUUAGAUGAAUAGAGUAUUGAAAAUAUCAUGGAUGUAGUAAUAGACUCGUAUUUUACAUAAGUACUAAUCUUACAAUUUCUGCUUCCAUGGUUGUUGUAGUAUAAAAAAGAACUAUAUUUUUAUCUUUUGCGUGAUGAACUGUGUCUAAUUCGAACUUGAGAAUUCAAGUAAUACAGGGCUUAGGACAAUAUAAUACCAAAAUCGUGAAUAAAAUACUACAAAAAAAUAAAUGUAUGUUGAAAAGGAAUUGUGUUGUGUAGGGUUUGGCUUGUUUCAUACAUUACUCUGUAAUUUAUUGACGCUUGUACUUAGUCAGAAGUUGCAAUAUUGCAUUGCGUUUGACAUCCUUAGAUUCUAAGGCCUGUUUCCCUUUAUCGAUCGCACGAAAUCGAAAUAAUGUGGUGCGGUAGAAUAUCGACUUAUUCAUGAUAUUGUACUAUAUAUAUAAUACUGUUUAAAAUAGGGUAGUUGACUUUUUUUUAUAAGUAUUUGUUUUUUUUUUUCUCACGUGAACAUGCUGAAGAUUAAUCUGAAUUCCGUUUUCCAACAUCUUAUCUAACGCCGGAGAUAUCCAUUGUUAAAGUUCUAAAUUGUCCGUUCCGUUGUAGCUAAAAGUCAUUAGCGUGUAGCUAGCUGAUUGUAACUUGUAUGUAUGGCACUAGGAACAUAUGACUUCACGCAUUCCUAUUACCAUUUAUUUUCAACGCCCUGAUUUCGAAUGGUUGUAACUAUUUCAUUUUUCAACGAAUUUAAAAUUCUGUUCUAUUCUAUGUUUUUAUUUAAUUCUGUUUUCGCAUUUGGCCAUCAAUGUAUGUAUUUUUAAACUUAUCAACUACCCUGUUCUCAAUAUCUGAAUCAAAAACCGGACGAGGUAAAAGAAGAUGAUUUUGCCUAUUUAAUACUAGGAUAAAUCGUGUGCGUCAAGCUAGCGGCCUCAAAAAAAAAAUGGGCACGAAAAAAUAAUUUGACCAUACCAAAAAAUAGUACUCUUAUUGAAAAAAAUAGUACCUGUUGUAAAAAAAUUAGUACCAUCACGGUUCUGGAUUUAUAGCCAUGUUUUAUUGCACUUGCUAGCUUGACGGUGAGCGAAAUUUGGCGAGAGUUAACGACAAGGUCUUUCGCUAUGAUUUAAACGCCAAAAAAUAGUACCGAAAUAGUACUCACCCCCUGCAAAAUACCGAAAUGAGUACUUCAACGGUUCCAAAGUUAUAAAGGCAGUUCUUUGAUCCCGCUAGCUUGACGUUUUGAAAAUACCUAUUAUCUAGGGAACGCUUGCAUACUUCAGUUUGUAACUAAUGUCAAUAAACUCGUAUGAAAUAGUACUCCCUACCAUCAUAAUUUGGACCUGAUUCUCUUUGUAGAAAUGUGUCAAAAAGUCAUUAUAACCUAUGUCAUACAUUUAUCAAGACAGGUACAGUCUCGAACAAAAUUAUUACACAUGCUCAAGAAGAAUGUUGUCAGAUUUUAGUAUUUUUUCCCCAUUUUUGGGUAAAAUUGGUGAAGUGCCAGGGUUGUCAGAUGAAAGUAAUAUCAUUGUUGAAACUCUUUGAGUUAUUCUACAAAUACUGCAAAUUGUUUAUUAACAAACACUUCGAUCCGUAACAAAUUGAACAUGAAGGUAUAAAUUAUAAAAUAAAACAGCAGAUUAAAAAUGUAUUAUGAUGUAUUAAAAUCACAGAUUGUUUUCAAUAAGAACUAGACCCAUGCAGCCAUUUUUUAUUAAAAUUAUUGCAUAUGGGUGUAUGCAAUAGCAAUUUUUUGUAAUAGCAACACUCUGAAGUGCAAAGAAAUGGUAGGGUAGACCUCCAUAAUGGCAAUACUGGCGAUGGCAAUACUUACGAAUAAAUUGUGAAUUGUUAUAAUUGUCUACGUGACUGUAUCAACAACAAAUGUAUGGCAUAGGUUAUGAUGAUUUUUUAACAUAUUUCUACAAAGAGAAUCGGAUCAAAAUUAUGAUGGUAGGAAGUACUAUUUCAUACGAGUUUAUUGACAUUAGUUAUAUACUGAAGUAUGCAAGCGUUUCCCAGAUAAUAGGUAUUUUCAAAACGUCAAGCUAGCGGGAUCAAAGAACUGCCUUUAUAACUUUGGAACCGUUGAAGUACUACUUUCGGUAUUUUGCAGGGGGUGAGUACUAUUUCGGUACUAUUUUUUGGCGUUUAAAUCAAAGCGAAAGACCUUGUCGUUAACUCUCGCCAAAUUUCGCUCACCGUCAAGCUAGCAAGUGCAAUAAAACAUGGCUAUAAAUCCAGAACCGUGAUGGUACUAAUUUUUUUACAACAGGUACUAUUUUUUUCAAUAAGAGUACUAUUUUUUGGUAUGGUCAAAUUAUUUUUUCGUGCCCAUUUUUUUUUUGAGGCCGCUAGCUUGACGCACACGAUAAAUCGGCCUUCUGUCGCACCACAUAUAUUCGAUUCUGUGCGCUCUCUUUGGAUAAGUGUGACAAUACACGUCAGGUUUUUUCAUCUAGUUUAUAGAUCCAGUCUAAUUUAACGUCCGUGUGUUCAAACAAAUGAUACUAUAUCUUUUCAAGAAUUGAAUCAGGCUCCGAGACCCGGAUGAAAAUCUUGACGUGUGUUGCAGCACUAAGGCGUCGUCCAGCUCGAUAUGCUAUUCAGGGCGUUACCGUUACACUUCUAGCUUUAUGCUAAAGUUAAAGGUAUUAUUUUUAGUAAAAUUGUUUUAAUUUUAUUGGUAAAUGUACCUAUUAAAAAGACAUUCGAGAUAAUAUCUGAUUCUAAACUUGUCGUAUUUUUUAAGAAAUAAAUUCAUUUUUAGAAUCCGAUAUUUUUUUAAAUAAAUUGUGUCUUACGUGUCGUUUGCACGUAGAUACGAUUUUAUUUAUAUAUACGUAAACGAGCGUACUAAUCGCGUACUGUUUUUUUUAUAAUUAUAAUAAUUUUAUUUUUUGACAUUAAUUUAAUUAAAUCUUUUGUGUAUCAGUAAAUACUCCGGCCAUUCAGGCAAAAUAAAUCAUUGGAACAGUUAUGUAAGUAGACAAUUUAUGUUUUAUAAUUUAUAAAAAUGUUCAAAAAAAAUGAAAAAUGUAUUUGUUUUCCUGUUGCAUCGCGCAGCAUCUAAUAUACUCUUUUACGGGGUAUCUAUGGGUAUUUAGAAAGACUUUACGCUGUAAAUAUAUACAUGAAACUAAAGCGAUGUAACUUAAUAAAUAAACGAUAUAACAGACACCUAA